AUGAAACCCUUUACACCAAAUGAAAGUGAUACCGAGGAUGAAAUCUAUGAUGACUCCGAUGCAGAUCCAGAUUUUGAAUUAGAAACUGACAAGUCACAUAAGAUUUCAAGAUGGUUCUCUUCCGAUAAUGAAACUCCUGAUAAUGAAUCUCCCAAUAAUGAAUCACCUUCCGAUAAUGAGAACGGAGAUGAAGUGAUAUCUGAAUCAACUAGUAAUUCAUUAGCCAAAGAUUUAACCAAACCAUUGAAGUGGUUCGAAGAAGCUUUAAGACCUGUCAAAUACAGAGAACAACUUUCUAUUCCAAAAGCACCAGCACCUUGGAGUCUCGAUGCAGAACUAGAAUCGACUGGUUCUUUAAGUGAUGUUACAGAAUCCGCAAAGGAAAUGACAACCGAUCCUUUACUUGAUUUACCAGGAUGUUCAACAGCGCCGCAUCUAAUUUCGCAGGGUGAACUUAAUGACUUAGUUCGAGAUCUAAGCCUUUCAAAAUCGCAGUCCGAACUUUUAGCAUCCUGA